AUGAGCUCGCAAGGUUCAAACGCAGUGUCGGUAGAACCAUCGUACGAAUAUAAACGACCUAUAUUACCACCAAAACAUCGUUAUAUGUCAAACUACCUUAAUAUACCGCAUGUAGAUGCCGAAUCUUCAACUGCUAAUGGUAACAUUGGUGCAUAUGAAAAUGGUCUUAUGGAGAGCCCCAUUCUUUCAAAUGGAGAUAUUACGAACGCUGGCGGUAUAAUUCUUCCUGUAAAUCCACCAGACGAUGAUAUAUUUACUGAUAGUCAAACAGACCCUUUUCUUUUGGUAUCAUUAAGACAAAAACCACCUCCAAGACCAAAAUUUGAAUUUUUAUUAUAUUUAUUUGGUAUCUUGGAUAUUGCUAUUGUUUUUAUUUGUUCUUAUUUUUCAAUUUAUAAUGCUGAAACUGGUUGGCAUUGGAAUAGAGCUGAUUGGGAUAUGAUCAUAUUAGCUCUUUUUAGAUUCAUUGUUGUGUUAAAAGUAUCUUCUUCCACUUGGAUCACAAAUCUCAUUUUUCAACACAAACGUUCAACCCAAGGAUAUGAUCUUAUUUUAAUCGCUUCAUCCUUCUUCUUCCUUCAAUUGCAUUGGAUAGCUAACGUCAUCAUCACGACUGAUACUAAAUAUCGUGACUUAUUCUUACGUACAAACACUAUUGUCUUUGAAGAAGAAAGUAACGAUUUUAGUGAUGAAUUACCUGAAGAACAUGAUAACAUCUCUCGAAAUGAUACACCAUCCUCUUUACCGUAUUAUGGUGCAACCGAUAAUUAUAAUAGCACUUCUGUUGAUAAAGGUGCACGCAUUUAA